UAGUUUGUAUUAGUUUGGUUUGUAUCUGUGAUACCGCUCAGUAAACAUGGUUACAUAAAUUAAAGCAUGUUUUAAAGUUAUGAUUUUUCCACGCUGCUUUGUAACCGUCAUACGUAAAAAAUUCAAACAAUACGAUCGUUUAAUUUAUUUUGUAAUGCGUUCUAUUCUUUUUUACAACAAUGAUUUUAUGUGUUAAUUAAUUUGUAAAUUUUAUUAAAUAAUUUUGUCAUUUAAUACGUUAAAUACCAAAUCGUUGAAAAUCAUAGUGAUAUUUAUAGCCUAGAUGGAUUUGAAUACUGAAAAACAGUUUACUGCGUAUAAGAAGAAACGGCUACCAUGGUACAAAUACAUAACAGUGGAACCGCCAAUGUUCCUGUAUAUGAUGGCAUAUAUGAUCACAUCAGUCAUAGAACAGACUUUCUAUGUAUACCAGGCUUGCACAGUAAAUCAUGGAUACAGUAGUGAAAUAUGUUAUAACAUUAGCAAUUACGAGGAUGUAAACGAAAAAGUUCAGAUAACUGUUUCUACAUUUCACCAAUGGAAUGGCAUAGCUAGCCAUGUUGUGCCUCUAAUACUCGCAUUUUUUUUGGGCUCAUAUAGUGAUAAACGUGGUCGUAAGUUUAUCUUGCUGGCGGGGUUGGUCGGUAAACUGUAUUUCUCUGCUAGUAUAACGCUAAACGCAUUGAAAGCGUGGCCUGUGGAGUACGUUAUUUACACAGCAGCAUUUCCAAGUGCACUUACUGGUGCUGACCUAGCCAUAUUUGCUGGUUGUUUUGCAUACAUCGCUGACGUAACUUCUGUGAAAAAUAGAACGCUCAGAGUUGGCAUAUUGGACGUGGUUUAUUUAAGCACUAUGCCUACAGGCGUUGCUAUUGGAAAUAUAUUAUACAAGAACGUGGUCAACAGAUCGUUUGCCGCUAUGUUUGCUAUCAACACAAGUCUUAUGGUUCUGGCAACACUGUAUUGUUUGAUAUUCUUGGAAUGGCAGACGAGACCUGAACAGAAAUCUCUAAGAGAAGCCAAUGUAAACAAUGUUAUAACUGAUUUCUUUGAUUUUAACAAUAUCAAACGAACAGUAAUAACGUUGACAAAGAAGAGGCAUAACAAUAGAAGAUUAUAUUUAUGGUUCCUGCUAAUAUCUAUGGCAUUCUAUACAUUUCAAAGAGAUGAACGUCCUGUGAUGUACUUGUACACGUCCAAAGUAUUCAAAUGGGAUGCGACAGACUUCAGCAACUUUCGAACCUACCUGAGCGCAGCGUACGUGUUAGCCAUGCUGUUCGGUAUACCGAUUAUGACUAAACUGUUGAAGUGGAGGGACACAUUAAUAAUAAUGUUAGGUGCCACUUGUCAUAUGGGUGGACAUUUGGCAUACGCACUUGCUACUUCAGGUGAAUUGAUGUACGUAGGUGCUACUAUAGCUGCAUUAGGACCCUGCGUAGCACCUCUUAUACGGUCUAUGGCCUCCAAAGUGCUGCCUGCAGCGGAACGAGGUGUAGCAUAUGCCUUUUUAUCAGUCAUGGAGAAUGCUGUUGCAAUGUUUGCAUCAAUCAUCUACUCUCAACUCUAUAAAGCAACACUCAACACUGAAUAUAUUAAUUCGAUUUUUUACCUCACAAUGAGCACACAAGCCGUUGUGUUUAUAUUGACACUUAUUAUAGAUAUGAUGUUGAAAGGGAAAAAGAUUGAAAGCUUAACAGAUCAAGAAGAAAAGCACAUAGCAGAAAGAGAAUCUCGCGAUCCAAAUUAAAAUGUAGUAAUGUAUAUCUUUAUAUGUAUAUUGUUAAAUUGCAAUCAGCGAUGAUGUUAUUGAACUUAAUUCUUAUUGUCUAAAAUUUAAGACGUACUUACGUAAAAUAUGAACAGACCAGACUAAAGAAGUUGUGAUUGUUUAACUACACUAAUGAUUAAAAUUAAUUAUGCAAUAAAUUGUUUAAUACAAUUAGGUGCAAAAUUAUAUUUUUAU